AGCACUAGCAGGGAUUUUACAUCCUGCACCUUUAAGCACCAGCAGCUUCUGUCUGGGAAAGAGGCAAGACACAUGACAAAAAUCAUAGAGUGAAAUAGCUGGAAGUCCACCUACUAGGAAAGGCUGGAUGGCAGAACCACUGUGCAAUGUUGCUGUAAAGAAAUGCAAAGAAACUAUGCCCCAGACGCCAAUAUUUUCCAGCAUGCUUGGUUCCAGUUGUAGUGGACAAGUGCAGCCAGAUAUGGGAGAGAGGUGUGUCGACCCUGUUUAUCAGGAUGGGAAUCUUGUUUCUGGAUCACUGGAGGCCUUGAUAGAGCGCCUGGUGCCCACCAUGGACUAUUAUCCAGAUAGGACUUACAUCUUCACUUUCCUAUUGAGCUCACGAGUCUUCAUUCACCCACACGAGCUCCUGGCUAAAGUGGGGCAGAUCUGCAUUAAACAGAAGCAGCAGCUGGAAAUGGGGACUGAGGCAGAAAAGGCAAAGCUAAAAUCCUUCGCUGCCAAAAUCAUUCAGCUCCUGAAAGAAUGGACUGAAACUUUCCCCUCUGAUUUCCAAGAUGAAAAAUCCAUGAAAGAAUUGAAAGAGAUUGCUCACCGGAUCACACAAUGUGAUGAGGAAAAUGGAACAGUGAAAAAGAUCAUUAGCCAGAUGACACAGAAUCUCCUCAUGGCCCUCUCUACACGGAGCCAGUACCAGGAAAUCAGAGAGAAAUUCCGGCAACCUGUUACCGACAAAGGCACCAUCCUCAAAACCAAGCCACAGUCAACUCAAAAGGACAUCCUGAGUGUGUGCUGUGACCCUCUGAUCUUGGCACAGCAGCUGACUUACAUUGAACUGGAAAGGGUAAGCAACAUUUACCCAGAGGAUCUGAUGCAGAUUGUCAGCCACAUGGACUCCCUGGAUAAUCACAAGUGCCGAGGUGAUGUGACCAAAACCUACAAUUUGGAGGCCUAUGACAAUUGGUUCAAUUGUCUCAGCAUGCUGGUGGCUACAGAGAUUUGUCGGGUUGUAAAGAAAAAGCAGCGCACAAGAAUGGUAGAAUUUUUCAUUGAUGUGGCAAGAGAGUGCUUCAAUAUUGGAAACUUCAACUCAAUGAUGGCUAUUAUCUCUGGCAUGAACUUGAGUCCUGUAGCGCGGCUAAAGAAAACUUGGUCCAAGGUCAAAACAGCCAAAUUUGAUGUUUUAGAGCAUCACAUGGAUCCAUCCAGCAACUUUUGUAAUUACCGCACAGCCCUGCAAGGAGCAGCACAGCGAUCUCAGACUGCCAACAGCAAUCGAGAGAAAAUAGUCAUCCCAGUUUUCAACCUGUUUAUUAAAGAUAUCUACUUCCUUCACAAAAUACACACGAACCGCUUGCCCAAUGGUCAGAUAAACUUCAAGAAAUUCUGGGAAAUUUCAAGACAGAUUAAUGAUUUCCUGACAUGGAAGCAGGUUGAGUGCCCUUUUGAAAAAGAUAAGAAGAUCCAGAGCUAUCUACUCACAGCACCCAUUUAUAGUGAAGAAGCUCUGUUCAUUGCAUCCUUUGAAAGUGAAGGUCCAGAAAACCACAUGGAAAAAGACAGCUGGAAAAGCCUCAGGACCACUCUGCUUAAUAGAGCCUGAGAUUUUUGGAUCUGAUCUCCAGACUUUGAAGCACAUGGAUCAAAUGUGUUUUUACAACUCGAAAGACUUGGACUGAGCUAAGAAAGACCUCACUGGCUGAGGUCUGUUUUGUAAAUACAGUAACUUUUAUGAAAUAAAACAUGGCAAAUAUUUCACAUGUCAACCUUAAGGCACUUAAGUGGAGGGUUUUGGUUUUUUAUUUUAAAUAUAAGGGCAGGGCCCUGUUCUCAGAGAUGAAAUGUAACAUGGGAGAUGGUAUCCCUGGGAGAUCUUUAUUCUAUCAGCAUCCAAAUUUUUAUUUUUUAUUACUUCCACCAAAAUAAAUAAAAAUUAAAACACACAUCCCAGCUAAAGCCAGUGUUCAGAUUAAAUACUCCAUUGGACCAGUAUCCUACAGAACACUCAACCUGUCUCUCUAGCUUUGAAGUGAAGGGUCUCCUUCAAAUCAGCGAUACCAUUCAUAUGUGUUAGUAAGUGUUUGUAGAGUCAAGGCCUUAAACAUCUGGAGUAAGCAUGUUCCUCUCCUACAUCAGAAAAUAGUGCCUUACAAGGUACUGAUAUCGUUUAGUGUACCUUCUAUUAUGCUGGAGUGGAAGUAGAGAAAAUAAAAAUAUGGAUGUCUUGAAACCAGCUACAAUGUACUUUUUAAAUAAAAUGGAGAAUAUGGCACAUGAAGUAGAGUAUAUCUGCCUGUAACACUGAUGGUGCAGCGAACAUAUUUUUGUUAGAUGAUUUAAACAGAUAAGAUGGGGUAACUGCUAGGGGAUGUGUGUUUGUGUGUGAGUAUGUGUGCGUGCAUGUGUGAAGAUGCACACAUGUCUAAGUUUUAAUACUUCUGGGAACUAUCCUUUAAAUUUGGGCUGUCAGAAUCGUUUGUGUUUUCCCUUUUAAAAAUCAGGGAUUUUUUUUGUUUAAGAGAAGGAUGUCUAACCUAGAUAAUCUCUGCAAAACAGGCUCAAUAUUUUUUAUUUGAAAACAGUUUUGGAAAAUAAAAAUCAUACAUGAGCUAGGGAGAGGGAAGUAAACUCUGAUGUCCAAUUUGAAGUUAAGGCUAAAAUUCCCAAAGAAGCUUGAGAAGAGUUGAUCACCACUGAACUGGUCAUUUAAUUCCCUCAGUUCCUUUGAAAAUUGCUAGUCUUUCUAGUAUUUUGCAAACCAUGAUUAAGUAUCUGGGCCAGAACCCAUUUAAAUUAAGGGAAAACACCAUAAGAAAUUGGUCAAACCUUAGAACCCAGGUCAGGACCAGAAUUAGAGGUGAUCUGUUAACUCACUGAUGCUUACCAUUUCUAAUUUCUCUGUGUAGUCUUGAGUUUACACUUAUCCAAAUGAGCACCUGAAUCUAAAGAUUCAAGGUAUUCAUUUUCAGGAAAAAAAAGGACUUGCUUUCUCACUGAAAUGAGAGAAAAAAAUAGGCUCAAAAUAAAAUUUUGUCUAAUGAAUACAUUAUUAUCCAUUAAUAUAUACUGUCCUUUCCAGUAAUUGUUCUCUUAAGGCUUGAGGGCUGGAUAUCGCAAAGGUAAUGAUUUGAGACAGACAAUUAGACACUUUUUUUUUUUUAAACAAGGCCCUCAGAGUUUACAGCCUCCCUCCCAGAGCCAUGCAGAGGACCCCUGCACAAGUGUCUUUAAAAAUGAUCAACUCUUACAUAGAUUGGUUUUAUCUUAUUCUGCCUUCUGUUGAAAAAGGGGCAGGACUUGCUGGACUGAGGGUCGGGUUUAUUCUAGUCCAGUAGACUCUUCUUGCUGGGUGUCUACAACCAAGAGCAGUGCCACUGUUUCCUGAAGCAUCUGCAAUCACUUCAUAGAAAUUAUUUGCUGUAUUGGCCCUGUAGUACGGUGAAAAAUUAAAAAGCCUUCCCUCUCUCCCUGUUCCACUCCCCCCUUGACAAGGACUUAAAAUUAGAAGAGUAAAUUGGAGUAAGGAAGAGAGAGAAAUCAACAUUUUCUAUUCCCAUAGCAUUGACAUCAAAGAGAAGAAAAACCCCACAAGUUAUGCCAUGAAGAAGGAGGUAGAAUAGUAACUGUUAAUAAGAACAGCCCAGAAAAGGGGAAGGGAUAAUUCUUAUGAUCUGCUGCUAUUUUUCCUGUGCUGAAGUACUGACCUUCAGCCCUGGAUUAGAGUAAGAAUAUUUAUACUGUAUUAUUACAGUGUUUUGCACUUUCAGAGAUGUUUUAGUUAGUAACAUUGUUAGACACUAUAAGAGCGACUGUAUAUCAGCUUUGUUUAUGUAAUUGAAAUUUAAAAGGGAUGCUUAAAAUCUAAAAAAAAAAAAAUAUAUAUUUGAAAUGCAAUUUUAGAACACUUUCUGUAAAUGUAUAAAAAAAGCUUUCACAUGAAUGUGCACUUCACUGGUCAAUCAGUCAUAGUAUAUACUUGAAAUCAAUGCAGUAUCCCACAUUGGUUCCUUUCUAUUUUUCCUCCCUCAGUUUGAUACAUUCCUUAAAUACCGUGUUUUGCUAUUCUGAGCUGAAAUGCUAAAUAUAAAGCUGUAUCAUAAAGCAGGAUAUUCUGUGUUUGACUGGAUGUGCUUGCAUAAAUAAACAAAACCAACUUGCCUCAACCA